AUGGCUCAAGCAGAUCCUGCCAUCAUUGCAAGAGCGUUUACCAAUCUUGGAGCUCGGAUUCCUCUAAUCUCCAACCAUCCGACGGUUCAAAAGCUAGACCAAGCCCAAAAUUUCCAGGAAGAAGUCCGAGGACAGUUCCGUCGACACGAUGAGCAGUUCACUCAGUUACAAAGGACUUUGGACGGAGUGGAACGGGGUUUGGAAGAAAUGAGACGGGAGUUCCGCCUCAGUCUUAAUCAAAUAUCCAGAGAGUUUUCAAACAUUGCUUCCAUUACGUCUAUACAACACAUCUUGUGGAAACAAAGCACAUCUCCGCUACCCAGUUGGAGUGCAAGCUCAGGCGAUCACCCGGGACAACUUACUAACAUUCACAGUGCUCGAAUGCCAGCAGCUUGCAGUUGCACUUGGGCUUCCAGCCCUACUUCCGAAUGUUACAGUUAUGGAUCGUCGUCAACAAAUUGCGUCGUAUCUCGGUGUCUCUAUUUGAGGACAGGCCGUUCGGAGGAAGAUUUUUUUUUCUUUUCUAUGGGUUUUCAGUUGAGUUAUCUCUUCGGGGCGGAUAGGUGGCUUUGGUUGUCGGCGCGAAUAACAUUAUCUUAUUGCUUGGGCAGUUCAGAAGCACUCGAAAAAAAAAGGGCUGAACGGAGGAGUCCCGAAAGAGUUCUUUGCGUUAGGGUAGGAGAGGGGUGCGGCGGUAGAUGCGGUUGGGGUUGCUUGGGAGAUAGAGGUGGUGGUGGAGGUGGUGGUUACGAGACAACGCUGAUAUAUGUUGAUCAUAUUAUAAUGAUCUUCAACUCUAACUCAGCGGAGCAGAAGACUGAAAGUCAGAUGGACAGCUAG